CAAAUUUGUUUUUAUCGUACCUUGAUAAUUUUAUCACACAAAAAAAAGCAAUAUCACUUAUUUUCAAAAUGGCAUUGAGUCAAGCAGCAGCCCUUGUGGAAAAGGCCGUCGGCCAUGGUGACAACGCCACCACAGCUCAGGAUAUCACGAACCCAGGGAGAGACAGGGCGAAAUAUGCUGAUCCUAGUGGCGAGAUGAUGAAGGCUCUUGUAUGGAACGGAAAGAAUACCGUCAACAUUGAGGACGUCCCCAAGCCAAGAGUUGUGGAAGACCGUGAUGUUAUUCUCAAGAUCACGGGAUCGACUGUCUGCGGAAGUGAUUUGCAUCUUCUGCAUGGAAGUGUUGUGCAGAUGGAGAAGGGGGACAUUCUUGGUCACGAGUUUUGCGGCAUCGUAGAUUCGAUGGGUCCUGCUGUGAAGGGAUUGAAGAAGGGAGAUCGUGUUGUGGCUUCAUUCCAGAUUGCAUGUGGUGAUUGCUUCUUCUGUAAGCAGAAACUGUCUUCUCAAUGCGAGAAGACAAAUUCAAAUUCGAUGGAGAAUGGGAUGUACGGCGGACGAACAGCUGGAAUGUUUGGCUACUCCCAUUUCACUGGCGGAUUUGCUGGAGGACAAGCUGAAUAUACUCGGGUUCCAUAUGGAGAUGUAAACCUCCUCAAGCUUCCAGACAGUGUCCCUGAUGAGAAGGGACUGUAUCUUUCCGAUGUUCUUGCAACAUCCUGGAACUGUGUGGUCGACACUCGCAUUGACCCCAACGACACCGUCGCAAUCUGGGGAGCUGGUCCGAUCGGUCAAAUGUGUGCCGAAUUUGCAUUUAUGAAUGGUGCUGGUCGAGUUAUCAUGAUUGACAGCAACUGGAGGCUCGACUACGUCAAGUCCAAGUAUCCAAAAGUGGAACUCAUCGACUACAGCACUCUUCCAAAGGGACAGACCGUAUAUUCGAAAUUACGAGAACUGUGUCCACGUGGUCCAGAUGUAGCUCUGGAGUGUGUAGCAGGUGAAUAUGCCAAAGGAUGGGCUCACUACUUCGAACUCCAGCUUGGGUUGGAAACAGAUACAUCGGAGAUUAUUAAUGAGAUGAUUACAUCUGUCCGCAAUUACGGAAGAUGUGGUGUCACUGGCGUUUAUGUUGGCUAUACAAAUCACUUCAACAUUGGGUCACUGAUGGAGCGUGGUAUCCGUCUGAUUGGUAAUGGACAAGCCCCAGUGCACCUGUAUUGGGAGAAACUUUGCAAAAUGAUCGAAAGUGGCGAGAUCGAUCCACUGAAGAUGGUUACUCAUCGUAUUUCACUGGACGAACUUGAUGAUGUCUACUACAAGUUCGAGAAGAAGGAAGAUGGCAUGCAGAAAAUCUUCGUCGAGACGAAGUUCUCUGCACCUGCGGCACCUGGAAGUCCUGCCCUGACAACUUACCGGAAGUAAAUCUGAUCAUGGGCGGUUCUUGAGAUUACUGGGCU